CAUAGGUGUUACAUAAGGUAAGGUAGGUUAUAUAGCACCUUUUCAGUAACAAGGCAAUUCAAAGUGCUUUACAUGAAAACAAGCAAAUUAAAGGAGAUUACAGUCAGCUGGCGGCAUUAAAGGGGCAGUCCGUGUUUUCCAGGCACAACAUGGCAGCUGCAGUUAGAAAUGCUGCAUGUCCAAAUACGGCUCAAACAUUCACUGGGUAAGCUCAGCUCAGCUGGAGAGAAUAGCUUCGCUGGACAGGUGACACCCGGCGCUCCUUGUGUUUCAGAGAUGUUUUCAGCUCAUCCUGGCCCUGUGUGAUCUAAGUCAGCUCAGCUUCACACCUGGUGAACAUCUGUGGAGUGUCACCUGGAGCUGUGACUCAUCAGGUUGGGUUCUGGUUCUGAAUAAGAUUCCAGGAAUGAAACAUCUGUUCCUCUCAGCCAGGUGAGCCCACCUGCUGCAGAUCCAACAUGGCUUCUGAGGAGUCUCCUCCAGGUGAGGAGCAGGUGAAGAGGAGCAACAGGAGGCAGCAGAAGAAGACAGGAGAGGUGGAGGACCGGACAUGGGCCGGUCACGGAGCGCUGCAGGCCGGCCGGCCGCAGGACGCGCUGCGCUGCUUCAAGCAGGCGCUGCAGGCUGCUGCACAGCUGCAGGACUCACGGGUUGUGCGCGCCUGCUCCUUCAACCUGGGCGCCGCCUACGUGGAGGCGGGCCAACCUCGGAGAGGACUGGACCUCCUGCGCCGGAACCGGCCCGGUCCCAAAGCGGAACGGCUUCCAGACCUGCAGUUCAACACGGCGCUGGCCCACAAUGCACUGGGGAAGUACCAGGAGGCUGCCGCCCACUUCCUGCGGGCCGCUCAGCUUUACCGGUCGCAGGGAGAUGGAGGGAAUGAGGGCGACGCCUGCAUGGAGCUGGGCCGCUGCUGCAGCAGAACCCAGGACUGGCCUCAGGCGGUGCAGAGUUUCCUCCGCGCAGCAGAGAGUUAUAAAAUGGCCUCCAUGUUGGACUCUGCAGCCGCUGCCCUUAAAGAGGCAGGAAGUCACAUGGUUCAGUCAGAUCUGUCCAACCAUGAUGACAUCAGCAGCGUGCUGACAGAGUGUCUGAGUUUGAGCAGCAGUGUCAGCGACCCGAGCAUUCUGGGUGAGCUGUACCUGUCGGUGGGUGUGGCCUACUGCCGCAUCAGGUGCUUCCAGGAGGCGGUGAGCUGCCUCCAACGAGCUGUGGAGCCUGCAGCUCACCGCCCCCCCCUGCUGGCCAAAGUGCUGCACAACCUGGGAGCGGCACUGAAUGGCGCGGGCGACUUCAGCUCAGCGUUGGAGUUGCACCGGCUGGCCGCGCGGCUCUACGGCUCUCAAGGUUGCCGUGGUGAUCAGGCUCGAUGUUUCAGUAACCUGGCCAUCGCCUCCAGUCACCUGGGGGAUGACCAGGAGGCAGCAGAGAGCUUCAUCCUGGCUCUACAGGGAUUCAGAGACGCAGGCGACCGCCUGGCUGAGGUCCAGGUGUGUGAGCGUCUGGCUGAGUGUUACCUGAGGCAGAAGAAGCUGAAGAAAGCCGUUGAGCUCUACAAACAGGCUCUGAGCGCGCUCUCUCACUGUAAGGAGGAUGAAGGUGUUCAAGACCGGCUGGUGGAGCGUCUGACUGCAGCUCUGCAGCUCAGCCUGACUGUGACACAGAGGCCACGCCCCAACAGGCCACGCCCACAUCUGCCCCAGCCCCACAGCUCACCUGGUCACCAGGAUGUCAGGUACAGGAAGCUUGACGUGGCACAACGUCUGGCAGCCAAUCAGCAUUUAGAUGAGCAAAGGGCAGAGUCUCCACGAGCAGAAGCUGAGAAGAGCUCAGGUAGACAGGCAGCUGCUGAUCCAGAGGGCGGAGUUACACCUGGACGACACCUCUCAGAACCACCAGAGGAGCUUCAGCAGGGUGAGCUGUGGUUGGACAGAGCGAACCCUCACACGGACAGUGAAGCUUCUUCACCGGAGCAGGUGGAGUCGGGUGGUGAUCUCAGGAAGUCAGGUUCACCUGAGGCCAGUUGGAGGUCCCGCCUCUGUUCUCUGAUGUAGCCUUCUGAUUGGACAGUGGACUGAUGAUGUCAGACAAUCAGGAUUGAGAUGUUUCAUCACAUGACCUGCAUCUCUGCAUCCAUCAUGGCUUCCUGCUGCAGAUUUACCUCCCGACACCCAGGUAACCAGGUAACCUAUCCCCCUUUUCCACCGGCUCGGCUCGCUUUGUGAGCAUUUCCACCGGCCUUUUCGAGACCGUCCCUGCUUUGGAGUAAGGUCAGGCUGAGCCGGGUCCGGUUGCUGAAAUAGAGCCGGCGGAAAAGAGGCACAGGUAACCUGGUAACCAGCUAACCUGGUAACCAGGUUACCUGUGUUUGAAUCUGGGAGUCAGAUAAAAAUAUUGUAUUUUGUAAUUCCCAGAGGAUUUUAUAAAAACUAGAAGCAGGUCGGCCACCAGGGGGCGCUGUGUAGUUGGCAGAAUGUUUUCCCCAUCAAAGGCUGCAGCAGCUGGAAGACACCAGUAGAGACAGCGCCACCUAGCUGACCUUAAGCACUUUGAAUUGCCUUGUUGCUGAAAAUGUGCUGUAUAAAUAAAAUUACCUUACAUUAUAAUCAGCACAGAUCAUUGAACCUUUUUAGAAACUUCCUGUUUCAGUUAAUAUUUUAUAACAGAUUAAUUUAAUCUGAAAACAUUUAACUUUGGUAAAUCUGGACUAACUAUUCAUAAUAAACAUUUUAAAUACAAUCUGAUUAGGUUACCCAACCCUGGACCCGGAUGGUUCUGAUUCAUUCACACCUGAUGAUGCAGGAGGAAGACGAUGAGGAAGAGGAUGGCCUGAGCUUCAUCAAUAAAUUCUUCCUGCUG